GCUUGUGCAAAGCAGCCUGCACUUGCAGUUGUGAGCAGAGAGCCAAGUGUGGGAGUGCACAACGGAGGUAACGUCCUCCCCACAAAGCAGCCAGCACACAGCAAGGGAGUAUCAGGUUCCUGUAGUCAGCUGUGGGCUGUCACUGUCUACUAAUAUGACUGUCUUCCCAUCUCUCUGCAAGAAGGCAGAAGCUGCUAUCUGAUUGGUAUAGCAUCUGACUUUCCCUCUGCAUUGAUUUCUUGUCCUUUUCCUUUGCUUCAUAAAGAGAGGGACAAGAGCUGGUGCUGUGGACAGAGAAGCUUCAUUUUUAGUAUGAGACAACCUCUUUAUUUUUUCAGGAGAGGGAAGUUGGAUUAUCAAUUCUUUUGUAAAUGUGUAUGGUGAUAUUUGCUCCGCUUUUUGCAAUGUUUGCAUUUGCAACAUGUGGUGGCUAUUCAGGAGGCCUGCGGCUGAGUGUGGACUGUGUCAAUAAGACAGAAAGUAACCUCAGCAUUGACAUAGCGUUUGCGUACCCAUUCAGGCUGCAACAGGUGACCUUUGAAGUGCCCACCUGUGAGGGAAAGGAACAGCAGAAGCUGGCAUUGGUUGGAGACUCCUCAUCCUCAGCAGAAUUCUUUGUCACCGUGGCUGUGUUCGCCUUUCUCUACUCCCUGGCUGCCACGGUCGUGUACAUUUUCUUCCAGAACAAGUACCGCGAAAACAACCGGGGCCCACUCAUUGACUUUAUCGUCACUGUAGUCUUUUCAUUCUUGUGGCUGGUGGGUUCCUCUGCUUGGGCAAAAGGACUGUCUGAUGUCAAAGUGGCAACAGAUCCCAAAGAAGUCCUGUUGCUGAUGUCAGCUUGCAAGCAGCCUUCCAACAAGUGCAUGGCUGUCCACAGCCCUGUCAUGUCCAGCUUAAACACAUCUGUGGUCUUCGGGUUUUUGAAUUUUAUCCUCUGGGCUGGAAACAUUUGGUUUGUUUUCAAGGAGACUGGCUGGCAUUCCUCUGGACAGAGAUACCUUUCAGACCCCAUGGAGAAGCACUCCAGCAGCUACAAUCAAGGACGCUACAACCAAGAGAGUUAUGGGUCAAGUGGUGGGUACAGCCAGCAGGCGAAUCUGGGGCCAACUUCCGAUGAGUUUGGCCAACAGCCUAGUGGUCCCACUUCCUUUAACAAUCAGAUAUAACGGAGUAUCACCCAAAUUCUUCUGGUGAUAGCAUCACCACCCUCCAUUUCAGUAGCAGAAGAAUUUUUAAGAGUUUCAAUCAAUUAUUAAUGUAGAGAAUGUUGAAUGUAAAUCAGAGAUCUGUAGUCCUCAUUAAGACACAAAGGCCUGGGUGGUGAUAAAUGGUACUUAGAGAUGAGAUGUCAUAAGGAGAUAAAUUAUUCAUCACAGAUGGGUAAUUAGAAAGUAUCUUGUUAUAUACACAGACACUUUUAUGGUCGUUUUGUAUUGUGGUAAAAAUAGUAGAAGCAUUUGUAGCUUAAAGUCUCUAGUAUGUAAUGUGCAUAGAUUACCUUAAAUAGUAUACAGUUUUCGUAUGUGUUUUGAUGCAACAAAUAUUUUACUGAUUUCUAGAUGACUAUUUGAUGAAUCACAUCAUGCAUGCAUUACUAUUUUUUAGUUUAGGCCUUUUAGAACUGUAACUCUGUUUUGAUAAUUAUUCUCUAUUGUUUUCACUUGAUAAAACAAUGUUUAUAUGAUUUCAUGCAUGAAUAAGUAUUUUCUCACAGAAUGUUUGGCUGUAUUUCUGGAGACAUUUCAGUUUGCAUCAUGAGUUUGUUAAGCAAGUAUUUAAAGACAUGUAUGCAUGUCUUUCUAGACUUUGCAAGUUUGUCACUCUGACUUUACCCAAGUUCUGAAUGCAUUAGAGCUAAAGUCUGGGAGCUUUCCCUAUUUGUCAAUAGUGUUCUGUAAGGUGACUGCUCAACACUUCUCUGAUUUAUUUAAGUAAAUAUUUACAUUCUUGUAACUUUCUAUGCAGUUUCGUGUAUCUUAUCUUACGAGCCAUGACUGAUAACGUCCAAUGACCCUGUGCUUGUAGAGUGGCGUUUUCUUUGCAUCCAGAGAGGCAGAUUUAGACACCAUAGUUUAAGUAGUAUUAAGAAAUGAGCUAUGCUGUUUUAUGUGACCAAAUGAACGUUUGUUUAGUUUUGUUUAUUUUUGAAGCUAAUAUGUUGUUCAUUCUAAUUUUAGAAAUCUCAUGUUAUAGCUUAACAGAAUUACUAAUUUCGAUUUGCUUAUACAUAGAUUAAUAAUGGCUUCUCUAUGUCACUCUAUUCCCAAAGAGGGUUCUCAUGAAACUCUCCACAGAACAUAUUCAUUAUUAAGAAGAAACCAAUCUUCGUUUCUUCAUUUUAACUCAAUUGAAAUAAGAAUGCCCAACAGGAAGGGCAAGCUAAACAUCUGUGCUUCUAGAUAAAGUUGUAACUGAUGUGCAAAUUGUAUGUGUGAUCUGUGAUGUUGAAAGCAGUUUAGCACAAAAUAGGCUGUCUUAAAUACUAUCUGUAACUAGUUUCUUAAAUCCUAUUGUUUAUUAAAUCCUGUACUGUGAUAUCUAUUUGACCUCAAUAAAGUUAUUGCAUACAAACUGACUGAACAAUGAAGAAUCAUAACUAUAGGGCCCUGUUGGCUUUAAUCAUGAGAGAAUAAAGGUUAAAUGCAAUUCUUCUA